AAAAAAAAAAAAAAAAACACAAGGAAAAUUAGAAUCAGGAGCCAACCCAUGAGCUAUGGUAAAAUGAGAGGACAAAGAAAUAUGUUGUAGCUUCUGGGCAUCUAAACCGAAAGAAGGAAAUUUAGGGAAACUUACUUCAUGUGAAUAUGAUUGCUUCAACUGGAAAUUUCUAUGGCAGAGGUUACAGACUGUCCUGGGUUGUUUUGCAUCCUUAGUUUGUACAAACAUCUGAAAUUGGAUUAAUUUCAGAAAGUUGAAGACAACCAAACAUGCAAACAGCUUCACAUCUUCAUCCAAUUUUUUACAUUUCCAACAGAAGAAGCCAUGUCAAGCCAAAUGGAUGGAUGGACAUUAAAACUUUGAAUUCCAGUCAACUUUGCUUCAGUGUAGGAGCUCAUACUCAUAAAUUUCUUUCACCUAAGCGACAAACCAAAUUGUUUGUGGCUCCCAACACAAAUGAUGGUCACCCUUCUGUCUCUCUGCUAGAUGAAGAAACAAAUACUAACCACGCACCUAGUUCUGAAAAAGAGACUUUCUUGAGCAAAUGGUCACCGCCUGGGUACCUUUGGAGGGGAUUAUCUGUUCUUGUCUUGGCAGGGCAGGUGGUUGUUAGGACUUUAAAGGGAAAAAUUCACUGGAGAAAUACUCUUCAACAGCUGGAGAGAGUUGGACCUAGAUCAGUUGGAGUCUGUCUCUUGACCUCUGCAUUUGUGGGCAUGGCUUUUACCAUUCAAUUUGUUAGAGAAUUCACUAGACUGGGAUUGCAAAGAUCAGUUGGUGGUGUCCUAGCACUAGCCUUUUCAAGGGAGUUGAGUCCUGUGGUCACAUCAAUCGUGGUUGCUGGGCGGAUCGGGAGUGCCUUUGCAGCAGAGUUGGGAACAAUGCAGGUUUCUGAGCAAACAGACACAUUGAGAGUUCUUGGAACAAACCCUGUUGAUUAUUUGGUGACGCCAAGAGUGAUUGCUUCUUGUUUUGCUCUACCGUUUUUGACUUUGAUGUGUUUCACAGUGGGCAUGGCAUCCAGUGCUUUACUAGCUGAUGGCGUCUUUGGCAUAAGCAUUAAUAUUAUAUUGGAUUCAGCUAGGAGAAUACUUAGAUCAUGGGAUCUAAUCAGCGCAAUGAUCAAGUCACAGGUUUUUGGUGCGAUCAUAUCAAUUGUAAGUUGUGCUUGGGGAGUUACUACUUCGGGAGGUGCCAAAGGUGUUGGGGAGUCAACAACUUCGGCUGUGGUUAUCUCACUUGUUGGUAUCUUUAUUGCUGAUUUUGCGCUAUCAUAUUGUUUCUUCCAGGGAGUUGGUGAUUCUCUGAAGAAUGCUAUGUGAUCAAUUGCGCUUCUUUGUCAGUUCAUGAUAUAUGACAGAAGUUUUUCUUUUUUGUUGCUUGUGUAUUUUAAUCAGAAUUGAAUCAUAAUUCACAUUUGGCCAAUCAGAAUCAGUAUUUUUAAA